GACGGCCACUUCUGCAGCGUAGUUCUUUCCCGCAGCUCUCUACUUCGCUCUUCUUCUCAACCCCUGAAGCCACCAUGAGUUCCUCCUCCUCCGGCGGCGACGGCGGCGGCGGCGCGAAGCUCCCUCACGACGUCGCCGUCGAGAUCCUGAAGCGGUUGCCGGCGAGAUCCCUCCUCCGAUUUAGGUGCGUCUGCCGAUCGUGGCGUUCCACCAUCGACGACCCUCGUUUCGUGGCACUCCACUGGAGCCACUCCGCCCACCACGCCUCCAGUCGGCAUCUCGCGUGUCUAGAUUGCGGCGACGACGCCGUCCAGAACCGGUGCUCUCUGUUCCCCAACGCGCCUCUCGCCCUGCCUCCUUCCCCGUCGCAAAUCGAAAUCCCGUUCGUUGCUCCUCCCAACCGUUACGCCCUCGUCGGUUCGUGUAACGGUUUGAUCUGCGUCUCGGAGAGUUCCAGUGACGGCACUGAGCGGGCGCUGUAUCUUUGGAAUCUAUUCACUAGGAAGCAUAAGGCGGUUCGGCUCCCCCGUCCGGAGCGGAUGCCACCCCUCUCCGUGGGGGGCGCUCAUGUAGUUCUGGGGUUUUGUUUCGAUGCGAAGUCUAAUGACUAUCGUGUUGUCAGGAUUAUCCGAUACCUAGGUAUUCGCCGUCGACGCUUCCGCAACAAGAAGCCUCGAGUCGAGGUUUAUUCGUUCCGUACAGAUUCAUGGAAGACUUUGGAAUGUGAGGUUCCUCUUCUCUGUCACAGUGCGGUCUUCUUGAAUGGGAACCUGCACUGGUAUUCUUUCAAUGGAGAGUGGGGUGGAUACGGAUCCAUAGUCUUGUUCAAUGUCGCAGAUGAGGUGUUUGAUGAAAUGGCUCUACCGGAAGAGAUCAGUCCCCAUUUUGUGUUGUCCGUGGCGGUAUUGAAUGACUUGCUGGCUGUGUUCUUUAGUGAUGGGGAGGCGAAUUUCGUUUGGGUUAUGAAAGACUACGGCGUGCCAGAGUCUUGGACUAAGCUGUACACUUUCGAGGCUACUGGACCAGUAACAACAUUUGAUGCCUUCACGUGGAAUGGCGAGCUUCUUAUGGAAAUAAAUUGCGAAGAACGAGUUUCUUGGAAUCCGAUGACGGCACAACUCUCAAUUCUUCCAUUGUCGGCGAGAUACGAAUUGGUCCCUGUUGUAGAGAGCCUCUUUCCACCUUACAUAUGACUCGAUUGCUGCUACAUUGUCAGGUGCAAGGAAGGUGCUGGAGCUCUUCUUUAUUAACAGGAAUUGUGGUGAUUGGCGAUGCAAGUUCAGCUGGCUCUAACAAAAAUGGGGGAGUGGCAAAGGACAGCAGAAAGUGAUGUUGAAGUUUCUUCGGAAUAUAGUUUACGUGGAAGGCAAGAAACAAUCUGCUUCAUGGUUAAGCUACUUCUCCCUUCGAGCAUGUUCUUAGAUUGAUCGAUUUGUUACUUAACAUCGAUUUGAAGGCUAUCUAGUUUCAAAAGGAUACAUGUCGUGCUUAUGAUUAUCUAUAUAAUGUAAUGUGUGAGAUUUGCUUAUACUGUCAUCUAUAAUGAGUAUGUCUGUUUAUAUAA